AUGGUCAUUGUGCUGUGUACGUGUAAAGAGUACAAUCGCUACAGUGGCUACAUCAAGUCAGUUCAGUUGCUGUGGGAGAAGCAGUGCUGUGCCCAGCAGAAAAGUCUUUUGAAACAGUUCCUAGUCUUGCAGCAGCAAGGGGAGGUUCCGUCCCACAUCUCACUGACGGAUAUUAGAGAAUGGCUCAUUGCCAAGGGCAGGAACUACUUCAAGAACACGUUUCAGAGUGAAAUUAAAGAGGGGAAGAACCUUUACUUGGCCGAACUGGCUUGGGAGGUGAAACGACGCCUCAGGCUUGAGGAGCUGGAAAGAGAAGUGUGCAGGGAGCUGCGCCUGGAGCGCCGAAUUGGACAGCCUGGUAGCCAGAUGGGAGAUUGGAGACCCCUGGGCAUGGAGACACACACACCUCUGGUAAUGGACUCUCCCUUCAGACACUUUACCUCCUCGAUGGACACUCUUUCCAGUCAGAUCUCGACUAAGAACCUCAAGGUUGCUAGGCUACAUACUGCCAGACCACGUUCUGCCAGACCACCAACUGAAAGACCUAGCAGUGACUCUGAUCACUCUGGAACCUUUUCUACUGUGAUGACCUGCUCACCACAUUCAGCUAGCCCGUCAGUGAUGACUGUUAGGGACUUGCUGCUCAUGAUUGGGCACAUAACAAGCUCAGUAUUGGAGGAGGUAAAUGGCAUCCUGAUCCCUGCCUUGGUUGACCUUAUAAGGCUGAGAGCUUCAGAAAGUGCUGCAGAGAGUUUGCUCCCCAUCAGCAGAGACACCAACGAAGAUUCAACCCAGGGCUCUGUCAGCUGUACCUCCUUACUCUCCAAAGUCAAUGUGAUCUGUCUCACUCAGAGUCCUGACAGUAGGUCCUCCCCAAUCUCCAUUGAUGAACCAGUCACUGCUGUCCAGACUUGUUGUAGCAGCAGUUCUCUGUCCAGUGAGGAACGAGCACACUCUUCCUCCAGUCAGAUCUCUACUAAGAACCUCCUGGCUACUGGGCCACGUUCUACCAGGCCCCAAUCUGCCAAACCGCCACCUGUUAAACCAUCACCUGCUAAACCACCAUCUGAUAAACCGUCAUCUGCUAAACCACCAUCUGAUAAACCACCAUCUGCUAAACCACCACCUGCUAAACCACAAUCUGCUAAACCACCACCUGCUAAACCACAAUCUGCUAAACCACCACCUGCUAAACCACAAUCUGCUAAACCACCACCUGCUAAACUACAGUCUGCUAAACUACAAUCUGCUAAACUACCACCGGCUACACUACAAUCUGCUAAACCACAAUCUGCUAAACCACCACCUGCUAAAUUACAGUCUGCUAAGCUACAAUCUGCUAAACCACCACCUGCUAAACUACAAUCUGCUAAACCACAAUCUGCUAAACCACCACCUGCUAAAUUACAGUCUGCUAAACUACCACCGGCUAAACUACAAUCUGCUAAACCACCACCUGCUAAAUUACAAUCUGCUAAACCACCACCUGCUAAACUACAAUCUGCUAAACCACCUACUGCCACUGACUACUCUGGAACCUUAUCUGCUGUGGUAGGUCGUGGGCAUGUCAUCCCUGUCAAACUGACCUUGGCCCCUUUCUCCUCCUUACUCUCCAGCAAAGAGACCAACACCAACCUCCCCUCCAGCAGCCGCCCCUCCUCGUGCUCUAUCAAGCUUUUAGACAGUAGGAGUGACAUUCCUUGCUCCCUGGCUGUGAGCUCUAUUUCAACUGUUCCUGGACAUGACUCUAGCAGCAGCCCUGUGCGGGAGAAUCAAUUUGCUACUGAGGUCUCGUCGAUCUGCCUCAGCCAAGAUAGAAAUGGCCAAGGAGGGAGUGUGACACUUCCAGCCCCUUUGGAUGUUUCCCUCCCCUCCAUUAUUGAGCGGGCUGGUGGACUUGUAUGUUCCGUCAUCUCCAAGUCUUUAGCAAUUGUGGAGGCGCGGUCAAGUGUGAAUGGUGAGGAGGACUCUCCAUCUCCCACCACAGUCUCCCAUUCUCCUACAAGGGUGUUUGUCAGCCACUUAAGGAGUAGCCCACUAGGUGAGGACCUUGUAGAUUCAACACUUGCGGAUGUUAUCUCUGUCCUGAAAAUGGAGGGAAUUCUUUCCUCCUCUCCGACUUUGGAGGAGGAGCUGCUUGAUCUCUCCUCCAGUUGUUCUUCGUCAUCCAGCGAAACACUGCAAUGUGUGUCUGUUGGCCCUCUUGGCAGUGGGUCGGAGACGUCCUUGAAACUUCUUGGGGGUCGUACUCUGAGUAUCGCCACCCCAACGGCCCAUGUUAUCACAGAGGACUUAGAAGUCUACAGUGAUGAGAUCAUUGACGAAAUCCUUAUUAUAAUGAGGACCAAAAAAGAUGAUGACAGUGGAAGUGACGUCUCUGGUGCAUCAACACCAUGCAGCACACCAGCACCACAGAGCCGGUCCUCUUCUGCACUGAGGGGAGUGCUUCCCCAUGACAGGAGGAUACUCAGCACAACACUUCUUGGAAUCCAGAACACACUAGACAGUGAGAACCUCUCAGGAGAGUGCUCCAUCUCACCACAGGACAAUGCCAGAGUCCUGGAGAUGAUAAAGUUGCUGCAGAGGUGCCUUGAUGGGACACCCUCAGAGUCCUCCAUCCAUAUCACAGAUGUGGCUUCACCCUUGGGCUUUCCUCUCCCUGUAUCUCUCCAUGCUGUUCAGUCGUGUGUAUUUGCCACUGACAAAGACCUAAAGGCAGAAAGAGUGAAGGGAGUCUUUGAAAGCCUGAGAUCCCAGUUUAUGAGCUACUCCAUCAAGCCUGUGAGUAACAUCAUUACCAGGGCAACAACAAAGAUGGCUGCCUCCAAUCAGGUUAGUUUAGAGACACCCCAGGCAGCAUCAGCAAAAUCAGAUGCUGUGGCUCAGAACCUUAUUAGUUCGGUUUUAUUUCAAGUUGCCAAUGUGUCCUGCUCUGAUGACAUAGAGGGUCUGGGUGAUCAUCUCAGAUGCCCCUCAACUUUGACCAGAGUUCUGACACCUUUGACCUCUGAGAAAGCUACACUGACACCUGCUGUUCUGAAGAUCAGAAGGGAGAUGUGUAAGGAAGUGGCCACCGAACUCCAGAGUUUCUUGAUCAAGGAAUCCCUUACUGGCACCCAGACACCAUCCAAUGGACAUGCUUGCACUUCUGGUUCUGCCCCAAGGGAAGCUGUGCGGGACAUCCUGAGGAAAACCAAAGAGGAGGCUUCCAACAAAAGCCUGAAUAAUAUUUUCUCUGUUAAUUUGGAUGAGCGGCUCACAGACUCCAUUGCAGAUGCCUUAUAUCCAAAGCUGCAUGACACAUUGGAGUCCAAGAGAGAGCUGCAGGCUUCUUAUUACAGCUCCCAGAUCAGCUGCAGCCUCAGCCCCUUUGAAGUUGAGAGCAGCCUAGCGCUCCAGGAGUUCACUGACCCACUAUCUGAGUCAGUAUUGUGUCUCCUGGAUAGGACAUUUGGAGAUAAAGCUCAGAACUUAAAGACAGGCGGGGGUGUUUUACAAUAUGUUACAGACCCAGCCUAUAAGAAGCUUUUGAUUGGACCCCACACCAACGACGUCAAUGUGGUUGUGCACACGAUUGCAGUAGAGGAGUUGCCUGUUGAGGGUUGUAUUGCGCAAAGUGAGGCCAUUCAUGGCCUUCACAAGAAGCAAGAGUUACCUUCCAGUGGCAGAGGGUAUGAGACCCCGAGCCCUACUAAUUGCCUGCUGGAGGGUGUAGUGGGCAAACUGGUACGGAAGAUGCUAUUUCAGGGCCUUGACAUCCCUGAGGUACCCAUGAACGACAGCCGCUCUGAGAGCUUUAAGCUACAGUAUGAACUGGUUGCGAAGCUUUGUCCUCUGAUGGUAAGGACACUCAUGGCUACAACCAUAGCCAAUCAACCACCUACUAUUCAAGAAGCAGUGAUGUCUUCCGAGAACAUCCAUGUGAAAGAGCUGUGUGAGGCAGGUAUCAAACCUCUCAAAGAGAACCAUGUACCCGAUGACUCUGAGACAAACAUCAUGGUCAGAAGGGCUUUGAGUGAAAUUGAAUCCUGUAUGAUUGAGACCUCCGACGAGGACUCUCCCAGUCUACAUUCCACACCAGAGGUGGUUGUAGACCUGAUCACCAAGCUGCUUCAUGGGUAUGAGCUUGACUCAGAGGACUUUGCAUCACCUGUGUCAUCCCCAACCACCACUCUCUCUGAUGUGGCAAUGGACAUGGUGGUUUCUGUCCUUCGGGACAUGUCCGAUUCUCCAGACGUUACCUCAGCAUUGGAAAUGACCAAGGAUCUCAAGACGCCGUACUCCCGCCCCUCAAGUGCAAGGAUUGUAAGUGCCCUCUGCAGAGAGCUGGAGGAGCACAUGGGCUCUCCUGAUGCUCUGAGGCGAGCUUUGUGCCGCGGCAGUGGGGAGAUGACAACAGCCAUUGCAAGUGCAGUCACCAGGGAAGUCAACCGUCUUGGUUCAAUCGUACCCAAAGUCUCUGUCCGGCCGCUCUCCUCAGACAUCUGCAUAAGGACAGAGCAGGACAAGGUCAUGGUUAAGAGCCGAUGUGGCUCGGCUGAGGUGAAGGCAGCCCAACCGGUGUAUAUUAUUGUUCACGUAGAGGCGGUGAUGGAUAUCAUUGUCCGGCUGCGGUCUCUGAUUGUUCUUCGGACUCAGGAUAAACUGGCCAGCUGGACCCUAGUUGAGGAUGUGACCAACAAACUGUCCAGUGCUCUGUGGGUGAGGGUGACUAACAGGUGGAGGGAAGCAAAUGUCUGCCUGAAGGCAACAGACAUCUUUCAGCUGGUGCUGUCUGUGCAUAGAAAGUUGAUGCAACGCUAUGGCACAGAGGAAGCCCUACAGAAGAUACUGUGCCACAAGGCACCCAAGCUGCACAAGGACAUUGUCUGUCUUGUCACGAACGCAAUUAUGGAUGCACCAUCCAAACUUCAAGGCACCAAAAAUCUGGAAUCUACACUCAACUUGAAAGAAUUGACAGCCUUGUUUAAUGAAAUGACAACCCGUCAAUCUUUGAAUAAGAAAGCUGAGCAGAGCAGCAUCAAGACUGAGAUUGAACAGCCGGAGUGCUCCACUGUGGAACAAGUGACAUCCGGUUCCAGCAGCUUCACUAGGGAGCUUAUAUUAGAAGAAGUCCUGAUGAAGCUUGUCAAGAAGAUAUGCCAUAUGCCAAAAAGGAUCAACAAACAUCAGCGCAUCCAGAUCAGUGAUCUGGUGACUGAGCUGAUCCGAUUGUUUGAUGAUGAGGUGGCCAAAUAUCUGAUUGAGGAAAUGGGAAGCCAGCAAAAAAGUUUCAAUUCUAAGAUGACAUCGAAGCUGGCAGAUGCCAUCUACACUGACCUUGGGAAGGUCAAGCGUUUGAAACGCUCCUUGAAAAUUGACGAUUUAUUUGAGGAUCAGGAGAUGCUUUCCAUUGUCUCUGUCAUUGUUUCCCACAAGCUACUGGGCAUCUUAAAACCCUCAGUGCCCAGCGAGACCUCAGACCUUGAAGACUCAUGCAGUGAUGAUGUGGAGGAUGCGGAAUCUGAGGGGGUGCAUUAUGCCACCGGCAGAAAGUCCAAGAUGAGCAUUGUCCUUAAAGACACUACGGACCAGCCAGAGAUGUACAUUGCUGUGGAUUCUCCACCUAUGAUUAAAUUAUCCAAGAUGAGGAAAGGCAUCCGGGACUUCUUCUGGGGAGUCCAGAAGGCCUGGAAACGCUUGGUCACCUGCAAGUCCUCUGGCUCCUCUGAUGGGUAGCUUGGAUGACGUGCAGCCCAUGUCAGUUGCUUUUGCCAGGCUACAUCUGAGGAGGACACCACAACUGGCCUCAAUACAACAUUUUUAUUUUUGUUGUUCAUUUUUGUUGUUCAUUUUGAGUCCCCUAAUGCUGCUAUAUUUGAACCAGGCUGUCAGUGGACUAGCUUAACAUUAGUUUAUAACUAUGUAUUUUAUUUUUCAAUCACUUACAUACUUUUUAAUGGUUGUUUUAAUAAACCAUUUGUAUUGCAGAUUUUGAUUAAUAUUGUAUCUUUUAUCAUUUUUAAUUUAGGUAUUCAUUUGAUGACAUGGGACUAAAGCGUAGUUUAUACCCUACAUACAUACACAAUAAAUAACUUCAAGCAGCUACACAAAAAACACUACACAAGAACGUAGGAUCAGCAUUUUGUGAAGCGUUCUUGUGUUGCACAUGAAGGGUAUGAACUAGGCUUAGUCAUUUUAUGACUUCUAUAAGGGUAUAUAAUGGUAUCCAUACUGCAGUAUUAAGAUAUUCAUUAUGGAGCUUUAUAUUAUAGUAGAAAUAAUGUAAAUGAAUAAAAGUGAAUUGAUGUAUGUCAACUUGAUGGUGAUAUUUGCUUGCUCAACAAAAGCUAUAUGGGUGUUAGACGGUCUGAAAUUGCCUGACAUUCAGGUAUUUAUUUAAUUGGCACGGCCCUGAAAGAGGUAGAAAAGGCCUCAAGAUGGCGACAAAUAUCUUCUAUCAGAAAAUCGAAUCAAUGUAUUUAUCACAUGUGCUGAGUAGAACAGGUGAAAUGCGUACUUACAUCUUCCUCUAACUCUGCCUUGGCAGAGAAGGGCUUGAUGAAUCAUAUACAGUAUAUUGAAUUCAGAGUUUCUAGUGUGAAAUACAACAGUGCUGUCUGACAAAUUAAUUAGCAGUAUUAAAGCAGUGUAAUAUACACCGAGUGUACAAAACAUGAGUGCUCUUCCCAUGAUAUAGAUGGACCAGGUGAAUCCAGGUGAAAGCUAUGAUCCCUUAUUGAUGUCACAGUGUAGAGGAAGAGACAGGUUAGUGAAGUAUUUUUAAGCCUUGAGACUAUUGAGACAUGGAUUGUGUAUGUGUGCCAUUCAGAGGGUGAAUGGGCAAGACAAAGUAUUGAAGUGCCUUUGAACGGGGUAUGGUAGUAGGUGCCAGGCACACCGAUUUGAGUUUGUCAAGAACUGCAACGCUGCUGGGUUUUUUGACGCUCAACAGUGUCCCGUGUGUAUCAAGAAUGGUCCACCAACCAAAGGACAUCCAGCCAACUUGACACAACUGUGGGAAGCAUUGGAGUCAACAUGGACCAGCAUCCCAGUGGAAUGCUUUUGACACUUUGUAGAGUCCAUUUCCCGACGAAUUGAGGCUGAUCUGAGGGGAAAUAAAGGAUGCAACUAAAUAUUAGGAAGGUGUUCCUGAUGUGUUGUGCACUCAGUGUAUAUACUUCAGGUUGUAUAUAUUUGAAGUUACCGGAGCUUGUGAGUCUUACGGCCAGCUGUCUUAUUCUUGCAUGUAUUCUGCAUCUGGAACCGUGAAGCCUGGCACGUGAGUUUAGUAUGAUGUGACAUAUGAUAUUUAUGCACCACAUGUUAAUGUGACUACUCUAUGUUUGCCUAACUUGGGGAGACAAAGAAAGUAAUACUUACUUUCAGAAGAGGACUUAGACAUAUUGAAAAAGAGGACUUUAUCAUGGCCCAUUCAUCCUAGCAGGGAAGCCCCUCUCUCAGAGGCCGAGGCGAAGAGGAGCAGUCGUAAGCCCACUCCAUGUAAGUGGCUUUACUGUAACCUCAGGCAC